GUCUCGUGCAGCUCCACCCUUCUCUAUAUAUCGCACUCCACUUCGAUUUGCAGCUGACCAACUCUCUUUCCUCUCUCACACACACAAAAAAGCACAUAGCGCUUGGCCUGUUGAUCUCAGAAUUCCAAGUGAGAGAGAUAUCUAAUCUGCAUAUACAAUCAUGGCACCAGCAGCAGCAUCUUCUGAAUCACUAAAGCCAAGAGAUGUUUGUAUUGUUGGCAUUGCACGUACGCCUAUGGGAGCCUUUCUUGGUACCCUUUCAUCUAUACCAGCCACCAAGCUUGGAUCUAUAGUUAUUGAAGGUGCUCUUAAAAAGGCAAACGUCGACCCGUCACUUGUACAAGAGGUUUUCUUUGGAAAUGUUUUGAGUGCCAAUUUAGGUCAAGCUCCUGCAAGGCAAGCAGCAUUGGGUGCAGGAAUACCCAACACAGUGGUCUGCACCACCAUCAAUAAAGUUUGUGCAUCAGGAAUGAAAGCAACAAUGCUCGCUGCACAAAGUAUUCAGUUGGGUAUCAAUGAUGUUGUUGUGGCUGGUGGCAUGGAAAGCAUGUCCAAUGUGCCUAAAUACCUGGCAGAAGCAAGGAAAGGAUCUCGACUUGGACAUGAUUCUCUUGUUGAUGGAAUGUUGAAAGAUGGGUUAUGGGAUGUUUAUAAUGAUUAUGGCAUGGGAAAUUGUGCUGAAUUAUGUGCUGAUCAACAUACAAUAUCAAGAGAGGAACAGGAUAAUUAUGCCAUUCAGAGCUUCGAGCGUGGUAUUGCUGCUCAAGAAAGUGGUGCUUUUGCAUGGGAAAUAGUCCCGGUUGAAGUUCCCGGGGGAAGAGGAAAACCAUCUACAAUUGUUGAUAAGGAUGAAGGUCUUGGAAAGUUUGACGCUGCAAAAUUAAGAAAGCUCCGACCAAGUUUCAAGCCGAAUGGGGGCUCUGUUACUGCUGGAAAUGCUUCUAGUAUAAGUGACGGUGCUGCUGCACUAGUCUUAGUCAGUGGAGAGAAGGCGCUUAAGCUUGGUUUGCAAGUGAUUGCAAAGAUCACUGGAUAUGCUGAUGCUGCUCAGACACCAGAGUUAUUUACAACUGCUCCGGCCCUUGCAAUACCAAAAGCUAUUUCAAACGCUGGCUUGGAGGCUUCUGAAGUUGAUUACUAUGAAAUAAAUGAAGCUUUCGCGGUUGUGGCACUUGCAAAUCAAAAACUGCUCGGACUUAAUCCAGAAAAAGUUAAUGUACAUGGUGGAGCUGUAUCUUUGGGACAUCCUCUAGGCUGCAGUGGAGCUCGUAUUUUGGUCACACUUUUGGGGGCACUGAAGCAGAAGAAUGGGAAAUAUGGAGUAGGUGGUGUUUGCAAUGGUGGAGGGGGUGCAUCGGCCCUUGUUGUAGAGCUCAUGUAAGCCUUUUGUUUUUCUCGACCAGUUUCGAGGGUGAGACCUUCUGAAAGAUGAAUCUCCGUCGUCGUCGAAGUCGGAUGUUGUGCAAUUUUUUCUCCAUUUCCUUUUUCAUUUUUGUUUUCUUCAACAAUAAAUGAGAAGUGUAUUUAGAUUCUAGAAUAAAUUAAAUAUAUUCCAGUCUCUGUCUCUCUUGCUGGGUCA